AUGGAUGAAUUGGGAGGUCGCCUGGAUGGAAUGCAGCUGCAGCUCACAGAGAUCCGGCGUUUGUUGGAACAGCAGGUGACGGAUCAAGCGGAGCUGGUCCAACGCUUCAGCCGCAUCACCACCUCAUGGAGUCCAAGCACCUACCUGGGAGUGUCUCCCACCCUGGAGCGCGCGCAGUCACACAGUACUCUACAAACAGAGGAGGCCAAGGAGGCCAAAGGCCGGCGCAUGAGCCGGAGCUCGGUGCGGAUCCAGAUCACAGCACCUGGCGGCGAGGUCCAGCCUGUGGCGUUGCUGGACUGCGAUCCAUUGACCGGGCACCCCUUGGUUUGGGGUGGUGAAUGGAUACCCCUUGAGCUUUCGGCCAGUAUUGGAUGA